AUUUGCCUCCUCUUUCAAGUUUUGCUUAUAUUCUUUUCCUCUUCUCCUUUCUCUCUCUUUUUCAGCCAGGAAAAGCACUUGAUUCUAUCAUUAUUCUCACUGCACUUGUUAUAAUAAAUGAAGCCGACUAUCAUACACUCCCCUUUGCCCAUACAUCAUUACGGUUUCCAUUAUUUCACAACGUACAAUCUGCUGCUGCUGCUGCUGUAGUGCUGUUGUUGUUCUCGCAUCAUUCUAUUCUGAUAAACUUAUCAAGUUAGCCAGGAUAUCUGAAUAUCUUCCAGAUUGCUACGGGAUAUUAUAGGAAAGCUCAAGAAGAUGGUUUCCAUGCUUCUGCAUUGUCUACCGGUUCUGUUGCUAGUAUUUCUAUCAGGGUCAAGUGCUGUAGUAACAAACAAGUUCCAAAUAUAUGAUACUUAUCCAACAGAGAUCACUCAUGGCACCUACCCAACAACGAUCAUGCACGACACUUUUCCAACAGAUAUGCCACCUGACAAUCCAACGGAUGUUCCAACUUUUGAUCCAACUCCCACCACCACCCCGACAACCAGUCCCACUACAAACCCGCCGUAUACGCCAACCACAAACCCGCCAACUAUACCAACCACAACACCAACCACCCCAACUACCACACCAACAACAACGCCAACCACACCAUCCACAAAUCCUCCACCGUCAUUGGGAGGAGGAGGUGGGGAUGGAGGAGGAGGAGUAGGAGGUGGGGAUGGAGGAGGAGUAGGAGGUGGGGAUGGAGGAGCAGGAGGUGGAGGAGGGGCAGGUGGAGGUGGAGGAGCAGGAGCAGGAGGAGGGGCAGGUGGAGGUGGAGGAGGAUCUUGGUGUGUAGCAAACCCAAGUGCCUCAGAAAAGGCUUUACAAGUUGGUUUGGACUAUGCAUGUGGAUAUGGAGGAGCUGACUGCUCUGCAAUUCAACCAGGAGGAAGUUGUGCUGAUCCGAAUUCAGUAAAAGACCAUGCUUCUUACGCUUACAAUAGCUAUUACCAGAAGAACCCAGCUCCUACCAGCUGUGAUUUUGGAGGAACUGCCCAGCUUGUCAGCACAGAUCCAAGCACUGGAAAUUGUCGCUAUUCGUCAUCAAAAGGAUCAACAAGCACAACACCACCAAUUUCACCAACUCCUCCAGCUCCAUCCAUGGAUACACCACCAACUACAUUCAGUCCACCAAGUCCAUCAAUCGGAACUUUCCCAGGACCACCUCUCGGAGGAGCAUCAGUUUAUGGGCCAGAACCAACAGGAAGCCCAAAUAUGGCUUCUGCCAUUUCUGAGAAAUGGAUUUUCUUCUUUAGCUCAACAACAGCCAUAUUUAUGUACAUUCUACUAGCAAAUCAUUAAUGAACAAAGGUAGGAGGCAAACACUUUUUCCCACCAAGAAGCAGUACAUGCCAGAUGAAGUUGUUAGGAGGCACUCACUACUUGACAUAUGAACUUCAGAUUUCAGGUCCUCCUUACUACCAGGAGGAGACUCCAUUUAUUACUCCUCACAUAAUACAUAGUUCUUUGUUAGGCUGCGUUGUUGGCGCUAUAGGCUUACAGCAAUCUUUUAGUAAUUUAUACUUGUAGAAACAGUAAUUUACAAUUCAAAAAUAAUAAUUAGGAGAUUCUGUAUUUUACAGCAAAGAAUGAUACAAUUUCGUGCAGCUAAAAA